CUCUCAUAACAAAAACCAAUUCCAUUAAAAAAAAAAAAAACAGCACAGCCGGCGAAAAAAUUUCCCGGCGAUCUCCGAAAGAGUUAGAGCAAAUCUUGGCGGGAAAAGAGAUCGGUUUUGACUUCUGAGUGCAACCCACCCACCGAUCAAUGGUAUUUCGCGGCGAGAUGACGACGACGGCGAGGAGGACGACGGCGAGACCGGAGCGGCCCAAGACUCUCCACAACUUCACGCUCCCGAGCAGCUUGAAGUGGGGGAGCCAGCGGCAUCUCACGUGCACGAAGAUCGAGUCCACGAGUUCCACCGGCGAUCACCGACUCCGACGCCGAUCUCCGCCUACGAAAGUCGCCUCCUCCUCCUCUCCGUUUCGAUUCGGCGAGUCUGAUCAUCGCAACGACGUGAACCAGCAUCGCCGGUCGAGGAACGCUGCGUCGUUCAGAUCGGUGGAUGACGGCGGCGGCGAGGAGGGUGAAGGGAUCGAGGAGUUCAGGGUGAAGAUCAUGUCGGAUCUGAAGACGGUUAGGGAUAAGAUCACGCGAUCGAUGUACGCUCUCGGCGGGGAGGAGAAAGACGACGACGAAGAAGAAGAACGGAGAACCGAUGGCGGCUCCGGUCACGAGGAGAAAGAGGUUUCUCCGGUGAAGCCGUGGAAUCUGAGGAAACGAAGAGCGGCGGCGUGCAAGGAAGCAACCGAGGAGGAGAGGGUAGGGAAUCCGUCGCCUCCGCCGCCGCCGUCGAGAAACGAUCCGACGAGGGUGGUGAAGGAAAGAGCGAAGGAGGUGGUGGUACGGCCCAAGUUCUCCGUGAAGCUAUCGAAGAAGGAAAUCGAGGAGGAUUUCAUGGCGUUUGUGGGCCGCCGACCACCGCGUCGGCCCAAGAAGCGGCCCAGAACCGUUCAGAAGAUACUCGAUAGCUUGCAUCCUGCGUUUUAUCUGACUGAAGUGACGCUUGAUGAUUACAAGGUGGAAGAAACCAAGAGAUGAUUGUGUGACUCAGUUGCCGUUGACGUCUCAAAGAGUUGUCAAAUAUUUGAAAUUGGGUCAAGUCUGGAAGCUGCUUUUCGUUUUCUCUCAGUGAUUCUUCGUUCUUCUCGAGUUUUUUCUGGGAAUAAACUGUACAAAAAGCUAUGGAGAACGUGUAGGUUCCUGUUGAUUAAAUACAUAAUAAAGUUUCAUUUCAUAUA